ACUGCCAUGAGUUUGAAAAAACAUUACAAGGAAUACCAAAAUUCCACCUACAAUCCACGAAAAGUAAGCCGAUGGACUCGUAGAAGGUGGUUAAAUAUCGUACUCAAGCUUAACGAGUCAAUCAAAUUGGCAACUUCUUUAAAACAAAAAACUCCUGAAGUAGUAUCUAAUACACGAAUUAGAAAUGAUGAUCAGAUGGAUUACUUUGACAAUCAAAAAAUAAUUGAAAGUAAUGAUCAAACUGACAAUUUAGAUUGUCAGAGAAGCAAUAAUGAUCAGUUUUAUCAAACUAAUGGAACUAUGAACUCGGAAGAUCGUACAGAAAAUGAAAUUUUAGAAGAAGAAAGAAAUAACGGUAGAAUAAUUUUUGAAUCUGAUAACGAUGAUGAUGAUUCCGAUGAUGAUGAUUCCGAUGAUGAUGCUUCCGGUGAUGAUGUAGAACGUUUUGGAGAUUCCAAUAGUUUUCUUCGUGACGAUCGAAUUAUGUUUUCAUCGUCUAAGUGUACUGUAGCAGAUGUCGUAUUGAUGUUAAAUGCAAUCAUAAUAAAAUUCAAUCCUACGAGAAAAUUUCAAGAAUCUUUGAUUGAUUUUGUUAGAACUCUUGCUGGAAAGGAAUUUGACAGUUGGAAAUAUAAUGCAUACCGGGCCAAUAAACAAUUUGCCCCUUCUCCAAAUACUAUCAAAAAGAACUUUUUCUGCCCAGACUGCAACAAAAUUGUGUUAAGUAUUGAUAAUACCAAAGUUGCCAAAGCCGUUGUAAACUGCACUCACUGCCUCGAAGAUAUUGUUAUUACCCCGUCUUCAAAAGAUUAUUUUCUCACUCUUAGUAUGAAAUAUCAAUUAGAAUUACUACUGAACAGACCUGAUAUUCAGCAGUCCAUGAAGAGUUUCGUAGAAAAGAGAAAUAAUGCUUGUAUUGUUGAAAAUAACACUAUUACUGAUGUUCAAGAUUCUGCUAGUUAUAUAGAGUUGCAAAACAAAUAUCCAGGUGCUCUAACAUUUAAUUUUAACACUGAUGGAGCACAGCUCUUUGAGAGUGCGAAAAGAAGUUUGUGGCCUUUACAGAUUUAUAUAAACGAAUUACCGCCAGACAUGAGGUUUAAAUAUAUUCUUCUCGCUGCUUUAAUAGAAACGGAAAAGGAACCUACGGCUGACAGACUGGGCAUGUACAUGGAAACCAUGAUCCAAGAGUGUGAACAAUUGCGAUUAACAGCUGGUGUUACCAUCCUGGUAAAUACAUUGAAGGCUCCAUGCGAUAUAUUUUGAUGGAAAACGAGAUUUCAGAUAGGUCACAUUCAGAACACUUGAAGGAUCUCAAAGCAGUCGAAAAAUUGAAAAAACCAAUUAGAGGAACAAAAGGAAUUUCA